UGACCCGGUCUUUUGUAUACGCUUUUUAUACACUUCUAAUAAAAUAUAUAUAAAAAAACAACGGCACACUUCCGGUCUAUUCUUUCGUCCGUCCGUCAGUGUGAGGGCAUCAGGUCAGGUUGUCAAAUAUGGCGGUUCAGGUGUCGGAGUCAGACCAGAUCAAACAGUUCAAAGAGUUUUUGGGGACAUACAACAAGGUGACAGAAAACUGCUUCAUGGACUGCGUCAAGGACUUCACCAGCAGAGACGUCCGGCCCGAAGAGUCGAGCUGCUCAGAGUCGUGUCUUCAGAAGUACCUGAAGAUGACCCAGCGGAUCUCCAUGCGUUUCCAGGAGUACCACAUCCAGCAGAAUGAGGCUUUGGCAGCUAAAGCUGGUCUGUUAGGUCAGCCUCGCUGAACCGGAUCAGACUGGAUCUGAUCUUCUCUGUUGUGUUGAAACAUCAUGGGCAAUGUAAAAUUUAAUGUAAAAAGUGAUUUAAUUGUCUGCAUGAAGGACUGUUGUCACACUAAUUGUGGACCACAUCAACGUGCACUCCUUGCAACUUGAAGCACACCACACUUGAUGCGAUUCAAAUUUAAAAACUUUAUUGGAAACUG